AUGUCAAGUAAUAAUAAAACUAAUGAAGACAAUGACUUGAACACAACUGUAGAUAAUGAAUUACAUGACCUUGGAGUUGAUCUUGUUGAUCAAAACGAACUAGAAAAGUCACUCAUGGAAAAGGCUGACAAAGCCAUAGCUGAACGAGAGGAUGAACUUGAUAUGAAAAGAUUAGAGAAAGCAAGAAAAGAAAAAGCCUUAUACAUUGUUAGUGCUGCACAGGAGCAACUUGACAAGUUAAAGAUAAAGUUGAAAGAAACGGGCACUGUAGAUAAACUGAUACCCAAGAUUAAUGAGCAUACAAAGAAAUUGCGUGAAGCAACAAGAGACGAAAGGGAUAUUGUGAAUCGAAUGAAGGAUAGAGAGAGACGAAGGAUGGCUGUGCCUCCAGCAGUAGCAACAACGAGCGAACGACAGAUGGAUGAGACUCAGCGAGAAUAUUUAAUUCGAACGGGUAAAAUAACGCCAUUCUCUAAAUUGUCUGAAGAUCAGCACAAGGCUACGAUAACAGAAGAGCCUGCACUUGCUUUGCCCGGCUCACGAUAUGCUGAACCUAUAUCGCAUCAGAACCUUCAUGCACCUAUUCAUCAAGCAGAAGACAUCAAGCUUGAGCGGCAAAAGAAGAGACAGCGUGAAGAGGAUGAUGCGUAUGAGUUAAGCGAAGAAGAGGAAGAGGAUGAAGAGAGAAAACAUACAGUUCCAAAAUUAGACGAAAUUUAUGAGGACGAUGGGAACGAAUCUAAUUAUAAGCAUAGACUUAGAGAAUGGAUACUGAACAGAACUAUGAUGAGAUACAGAACAACUCAUGAAUUGAAUGAAGAUGAGAUAUAUCAGCCACAUCCAGAUUUUGAAGAUCACGAGCUAGAGGGAGGCUUAAGAGUUCCAGGAGAGCUCUGGAGUUGCCUUUUUGAUUAUCAAAAGACAUGUGUACAAUGGCUCUGGGAACUGCAUCGACAAGAGGUCGGAGGUAUACUUGGUGAUGAGAUGGGUCUGGGAAAGACUAUUCAAGCGGUUGCAUUCUUGGCAAGCUUACAUUAUUCAAACAUGCUGGGUCCGGGUAAGGCAUGUGUUGUCGUAUGUCCUGCGACUGUGAUGAAACAAUGGGUACAGGAAUUCCAUAGCUGGUGGCCCCCGCUUCGUGUUGCCAUCUUGCAUUCAAGUGGAAGUGGUGUAAAAACGGGUACUUACACCAGCUCAGAGGAUGAAGAAAUGGAGGAUAUGGAAGGUGUGGAAGAUAAAAAGAGUAUCUUGGGAACUAAGGCUGGAAGAAGAGUCUCUGCCUUGGUGAAAAAAUACAUAAAGCUUGGCGGUGUACUUAUCACGACAUACAGUGGUGUCCAAUCAUAUAGAGAGGUCUUAUUGAAGCAUCAGUGGGGAUAUAUUGUAUUAGACGAAGGUCAUAAAAUAAGAAACCCUGAUUCAGAAACAACGCUGGCUGUUAAGCAAUUUAAGACUCCGCAUAGAAUCAUCCUGUCAGGCACGCCCAUUCAAAACAACUUGAAAGAAUUAUGGUCUUUAUUCGAUUUCAUAUUUCCUGGGAGGCUUGGUACCCUGCCUAUCUUUCAAUCACAGUUUUCAGUGCCUAUAAGUAUAGGUGGAUAUGCUAAUGCAACCAACAUUCAGGUGCAAACAGCCUACAAGUGUGCCUGUAUGCUACGAGAUUUGAUCAAUCCUUAUCUGCUACGACGUAUGAAGGUUGAUGUAGCUGCUGACUUACCCAAGAAGAAUGAACAAGUCUUGUUUUGUAAACUGACAAAGCCACAAAGAGAGGCUUAUUUACAAUUUAUCCAUUCAAAAGAAAUGGACGCCAUCCUCGAGCGCCAUCGUCAGGUGCUUUAUGGCAUAGAUAUUGUUCGAAAGAUUUGUAACCAUCCUGACCUGGUUGAUCUGACCAUCACAGAAGGGAAUCCAGAUUAUGGAAACCCUGAGCGAAGUGGAAAAAUGGUUGUCGUGAGAGCAUUACUCAAGAUGUGGAAGCAGCAGCAUCAUCGCGUUCUUUUGUUUUGUCAAACACGACAAAUGUUAGAUAUUAUGGAGACGAUGAUCAGGCGUCUGGACUACCGGUACUUGCGUAUGGAUGGUACAACGCCUGUGAACCAACGUAUGGCUCUCGUGAACGAAUACAAUGAUAACAAGCAUAUCUUUGUAUUCCUUUUGACUACCAAAGUAGGCGGAUUAGGUCUUAAUUUGACAGGAGCAGAUCGUGUGAUCUUGUUUGAUCCUGACUGGAACCCUUCUACUGAUGUUCAAGCCAGAGAAAGGGCGUGGCGUUUAGGUCAAAAGAAAGAUGUGACGAUUUAUCGAUUGAUGACAAGUGGAACAAUUGAAGAAAAGAUCUAUCACAGACAAAUUUAUAAACAAUUCUUGACCAACAAAAUAUUGAAGGAUCCAAAACAGAAGCGGUUCUUUGAUGCCAGUAACCUACAGUCUCUUUUUACACUAGCCACAGAAGAUAGUACAGAGACCGAAACUGGACGUCUUUUCAAAGGUACUGAAGUAAGCUAUAAUAAGAAGAAGCAAACGAAUCAAGAUGACGAGGGCCAGCUAAAGUCAUUGGAAGGCGUGAAUGCAUUAGAGCAAUAUGCUGGUGAACAUUUUGAGGAAGAAGAGCAUAAGAAUAGACUAGAACAAGAAGAGGAUCAUGUGUUGCAAAGUUUAUUUGAGAUGACAGGAAUUCAAAGCGCCUUACAGCAUGAUCAAAUCAUAAAUUCAGAUACUCAUGAUGCAAUGAUUGUUGAAAGAGAAGCGAACCUAGUAGCUCAACGCGCAGCAGCUGCAUUAAAAGAAUCGAGAAGACUCAGACGAGCUAUGGAUAUCGGCACACCUACCUGGACAGGACGAUCUGGAUCAGCAGGAGCACCAAGAUAUGUGUUUCAAAAGAGAUCAGAAACACCGCCUCCAAGAUUUGGUCAAAGCAUGAAUGAUGAUACUAUGUCCGACACGUCUACCUCGUCAUUUGGAUCUGGCAUAAUAUCUGGAUUUAAAGGAUCUGGAAAUACAAAACCUUCAUCAAGGACACUAUUGGCUCGAAUCAAAGAAAGAAAAGCGGCGGUCAAAGAUGAUACUACUACAGAAGGUAAAUAUUAUAUAUAUAUAUAUAUACACCAAAUAUGA